CGGGCUGGGGGCCGGGGGCGGGCCCGCGGGCCCGCGCGACCAAUGGGCGGCGGGGGCGGGGUCCGCGCCGCACUGCAGGCGGCCGGAGGUCUGGCCCAGCGCAGCUGCGGGGCUCUGGACGCCGGAGCCGGGAACACGCCUAGCAGUGUUGAUUGGAGCUAUUCCUGGCUUGUGUUUGGGGACUGCUCCUAGUAGCAAUGCCCCGGGGAUCAGCCAUGUGGUACUAGGAUGGAACCCAGGACCCCGACAUGCAAAACAUGCACUCCUGACCUCUGAGCCAUGUCUCUGAACUUCUAUGUCUAAUCUUCAACUUCUUCUGUAUUUCAGAUAUUUACCUGCUUUCAUGAUUGGAUGAUUAUGGAUCUCCAGAGUCAGAAUCACAUUAGUUCUCUAAUGAACUGAACAGUGUGACAACCAUUAAAACUAUGACAACCACAUAAAUGAGAAAGCUGCUGCUUCACUCAGAGAGGACCAAGCUUACAAUAUUUAUACAUGAUUUCAGUGAAGUUCCUUAUGUCUUCCCCUGAAAUUUUAUCCCUCUCAUGGGGACAGAUGAAAGUCCAAGGCUCUUCUAAAACCUAUAAGGACUGCAAAGUGUGGCCAGGGGGAAGUCGGGCUUGGGACUGGAGAGAAACUGGAACUGAGCACUCUCCAGGUGUGCAACCGGCAGAUGUGGAAGAAGUUGUCCAGCAUGGAGUACAGACCCUGGUGAUCGGCCGAGGGAUGAACAAAGCACUGAAGGUGCUCCCAUCCACGGUGCAGUACCUCGAGCAGCAUGGCAUCAAUGUGCAGAUCCUGCAGACGGAGCAGGCAGUGAGGGAGUAUAACUCUCUGGCUGCCCAAGACCAGUGAGCUGGAGGCCAAUGAACAAGGCUCACAUACCACUCAGGCAGAAAUAAGCAACACUAUUAGGAAUAAUUUACAUGGAGCUAUGCUACCACGUGAUCUACAUGAACCAUGUUAAAUGACAAUGACUUUUUUUUUUUUAAUCACCACAAGAUAGUUACAAAGUUGUUUGGGAUUCUGUGUCCCCCUUCCCUUCAGCCAUGCCCCUCCCCACCUUUAUGGCAAGUACUUCUCCUCCUGCCCCCCUCCUUUCUCUCCUUCUGGCAUUAUGGUUUGUAAUACAGCUACUGAAAGGUUAUAUUUAUCCCUUUACCUGCUUCCAGCAUUCCUUCCUCCAGGAUCAGUUCUUGUCCAGAGUGAUCAUUUUCAUCUAUUACUGUCAUAGUGGACCUCUCUACCCAAACUGCCCUCCCUCCUUCACCACUUGUACCAAGUUUCCAACCAUGGACCAAUCCUGUUGGCCUUUGCUUCUACUGUCUCAUGUUUUUAUCUCCCACAAAUGAGUGCAAUCAUUCUAUGUCUGCCCCUCUCCUUCUAACUCAUUUCACUCAGCAUGAUACUCUUCAUGUCCGUCUAUUUAUAAGAAAAUCUCAUGACUUCAUUUUACCUGGUGGCUGCUAAGUAUUCCAUUGUGUAGAUGUGCCAUAGUUUCUUUAUCCUGUCGUCUGUUCUCAGGUACUCAGGUUGUUCCCAGAUUCUGGCUAUUGUGAAUAGUGCUGCAGUGAACAGAGAAGUGCAGAUGGCUUUUUGGGCCUCCGGGGUGUAUUCCCAGAAGUGGUAUUGAUAGGUCCUAUGGAAGCUCAAUUUCUAGUGUUUUUGAGAAAUGCCCAUAUUGUUUUUCAAAAAGGCUGGACAGGUUCGCAGUCCCAACAGGGCAAGAGUCCCUUUCUCCCCACAUCCACACCAGCACUAGUUGUUCUUGUUCUUUUUGAUGUAGACCAGUCUCAUUGUUGUUCUGAUUUCGAUCUCCCUGAUGAUUAGGAUGUAGAGUACAUUUUUGUGCCUUUUGGCCAUUCCUAUUUCUUCUUUGAAGAAGUUUCUGUUAAUUUUUUUCUCUCCACUCUUUGAUGAAGGUGGAUUUUUUUUUUCUCGUAAAGGUGGAUUUUUUUUCUUGGUAAAGUUCUACCAGUGCCUUAUGUAUCUUUGCUAUUACUCCCUUAUCAGUUAGGUUUUGGGUAAAUAAUUUUUCCCAUCCCAUUGACUAUCUCUGUGUCUUGUGUACAGAAGCUUAAAGUAGUCUCAUUUGUUUCUCUUUGCUUCCACUUGCUUGGUCACCAGUGGUAUUUCAUCUUUAGCUUCAAUGUCAUGGAGGGUUUCUGCCUAUGUUUUCCUCUAUGUACAUAAUGGAUUCCAAAAGCAUUAUACAGAUUCAGUGCAGUCCCUACAAGGAUACCCACAACAUUUUCAAAGGCACGCCCUACCCGUUGUUCUAUUGCUCCAGCCCAUUUUAUACACACACACACACACACACAUGUAUACACACACACACACACACACACACACACAUUUUUUUUUUUUUUGCCAGACCCCAUGGGCUGAAGCGAUAGCAAGAGGUGAUGCACUAAGCCCACAAGAGCCAUUUUAGCCCAAGUGAGUCCUGAAGCAGAGCAAGAUGACCUGAAGAGCUACUUACGGUUCAAGGUUUGGUAUGUCAAACAUCCAAAAGGGAGAGGGAGCCAGUCCAGGAGACUGCACAGUGGGGCAGGUUCAGAAGAGGUCAGGCUUCAUCCUCCUGGAUCAGGUGCAACCAGACUGGGGCUUUCACGGACUGUGCUCAGGAAGGGCACCGAGGGCAGGAUCAAGUCAAGAGCUCUGGAGGGGCACAAUUGGUGCAGUGCUGUGCCACAGGCAGCAGGAAGUCUGAGGGCCCCCGCUGCCACUAAAGGGGAUCUCAGCAACCACGCGUGAGCAGGAGCACUGCGAUGUAUGAGCAUCAUACACAGUACAACCACAUGGAUGUGAGCCCCACAACCCAGGUGUAGCCCUGAUGAAAACCACAACCAAGUGUGUGCAACCCCAGCCUUUCACAACAGAGAAAGGAAACAGGAUGCUUCCUAAAGUACUGUGAGAGAGAAAAGCUGGAAGAUGUCAAAUGGAGAACGCUAGCUGCUCUGGGGGUGAGGGACAUGGAGCCAAGAGCAGCCCCCAGAGGAUGCCCUGUACAAACAAGCUCCAGUCUGAGCCUCGCUGAGUCCCUCUCAGGCUCACACAGGCACGUGAGGACAAGAUGCUGCAGCAGAGUUCCCUGUGUGGCACCAGGUCCACUGCAGUCAAAGUGCAACCAGAUACAGAGAAACCAAGAUGCUUCCGUUUCUCUCAAUGUGAGGACUACAGCAGGGCUUAGUCCCGAGUGGUACUGGAAUUCCUUCUCAGCGAACUCCUGGAAGCUAUUUAACCUCAGUUUAAACAUGCCAACAGGGCAAGUGGGGACUUCCUCAUAUAGAACAUGUCAAAUUUUUCUCUCAUUGGGGUGAAGGGGUAGGGGCACACACCUGACAGACUCAGGGCUUCCUCUUGGCUCUGCAAUCAGUGACCAGUCCUGGCAAGACUCGGUGACCAUAUGGGAUACUGGGAAUGGAACCAGUGUAAGCUGUGUGCAAGAUCAGUGCCCAACCUGUGCACUAUCUUUCUGGCAAAAUAAUCUGCCUUUAGUCAAUCUAUAUAAACUUAAGCUUUUUCAAGAUUGCAAUUUGGGUCACAU